AUGCCAGGUAAUCGAUCAAUACAAGACGACUCUUUUUCUAAACAAGUGUUAUAUUUUCUAUUUCUUAAGCCUUUCAUCCCAUGUGUUGUAGAGAAAGUUCGACUCGCUUCGAUACACGAAGCCGUUCGAUAUGGCGAUGUUCUGGAACUUCAAAGUAUGGUUCAGCGAGGUGCAGGGAUAAACGAUCCCGAUUCCAAGUUUAAAUUUACUCCAUUACACUGGGCAGCUCACCAUGGUUCUUUAGAGGUAAAAUAUGCGAAAGUGAAAUCCCGGUCUUUUAAACUUUCCUGAACCACCAAGACUGUCUCAAACACUGCACUAUUAAUUGGUUUUAUAUCGCAUUUAUUGGAAUCUGGUUAAUUUUAACUGCAGGUAAUUUGAUCUGAUUUCCUUUUCACCAGGAGGUUAAAAAAGUGGGGAUUUUACUGUAACAUAUAAUAUAUGUAAAAUAUUUGAUUUAGGACUAUAAAGAUCUAUAUACAGUGUACUCCCAUGCGUUGCUGCUUUGGUGCAGUUGUAUAGGUAUAAGUAUAAAUUUCAAUAUACUGGUUCAAUUAGAUAUGGGAUGCUGUUAAUAAUAUUGGCGGUUUGCGGGUUGGCCACAUGGGUAGUCAAAUCAUAAUUGUUUUGCUUCAGUAAUGAAGGUGUUGGUCGGACCACUACAAUUGAACUGCUAAUUGAAAAAGUAAUUUUAUUAAUUAAUUUUUGCUUGUAAAGUCAAGUAGACCUCAUACAAAGAUCACAAGAAGAAAAGGAGCAUUUUUCCCAAAAAAAUGAAAUCAUGCUAUCAAUAUACAUGUGACUCUGCAAUGAUGACAUUUGUACAGCUGUAUGCAAUUGUGAUUAAUUUUUAGAUCUAAAUUUCAGGCUAACUGUUUUUAGUGUUAAAACAGAAUGCAGUAUACAUUAAGUGAUUCAUGAUUACUGAUGUUGGUUCAAGGACAAUGGUGUAAGCUGGUAUUAAAUAUCUACGCAAAGCUACUUUCACUAGACUUGCAAGUAGCUAGCUGGCAUGCUAUAACUGUAAAUAUUUCAAACAAUUAAUUUUUGAGGAGAGUUAAUUAAGUUAUUCCCUUCUGAAAGGGUUGCUGUCAUGACACUGUAAAUGAGGGCUUUCAUAUCGAUAUUAUUAUUGACAGUGUUUACACUGGCUUUUGUGGCACGGUGCUGAUCACUCGGACAAGACACCCCAAGGUUGGACUCCAGCACACCUGACGGCAAUCAGAGGUCAAGAUGCUUGCUUACAGGUUAAUUAGUAUACUACUUAUUUUAAAAAUAUUGAAAGAAAAAGGCUUUUGUUUCCAUACUUUGUGCUAUAAUAAUUUUAUGUUAGUAACAUUCUCCUCUCUUAAGAUGUAGAGAGAAUCUGCUGUUUAAUUAAUAAUUCUAUUACUUUUACUUUUGUGAGAAACACUCUUUUCCUUUCCUUUUUAUUAUGUAGGCUUUGGCAGCAAAUGGGGCUGACCUCAAUGAGAAGGAUAAUCGAGGUGAAAAAGUUUUUUCAAAUAAUAAGAAUAAUAGAAUAAUAAUAGUAAUAUUUUGAUAAUAAUAACAAUAAUUAUUAUAAGACAAUAAUAUGAUUUAUGAUAAUGUAAUAAUGAUUAUGAUAAUAUAGUAGUAUUAUGAUAAUAAUUACAAUCAAACCUCUAUGUGUGAUCACCUUUACCAGAGGUACCCACCUCCCACAGCUAUCCAAAAACCAGAUCAAAAAGCCCAGUAUUGGUAACCUGUUAUAAACAAGCACCUCUUGUAAGUAACUAUGACCAUAUUAAUUUUGGGGUGAUUGAUUUAUAUCAUUUUCCAUUAUUUUUGGCAUUUUAUAAACAACCACUUGACUCAUGGUCUGAUCUCCACUAGACUGCAAAACAGUGCAUAUUUUUACAUAUUCAAUUAUGCGUGAAAACACUAAACUGAUUUUACGAAAAAAAGAAAAAAACGACUGUUUUGCAGUCUAGAUCUCCACUUUCACUGCAUGCAUAGGGAGAAUUUUAAGUAACAGACUGGAAACUAGACAAUUAUAUCAUUAUAACUUAGACAUUUAAGCGUGUUCCAAACAGUAUAAGCAUAAUGUAGAUGUAUGUGAAUCUCUUCUUGGAUGGAACUGAGUGGAUCCCAUCUGCUGUCAUUCAAAUCUACAUUGUAGUAACUGAUUUCCUCAUGGAAACAGCCACUAAAUCUUUAACUUAGCAUUUUGAAUAUUUGCUCAAUGGGACUUUCCACUUUUUUUUAAAAAACACCAAUUGAUGAAAUACCGCUCUACCGCAAAAACAUGUUAUCUUCUUCACACUUGAAAAUGACAUGUCAUCUUCACAUGUGAAAAGGUCACUAUUGCUAUGGCAUAAUUUAUAAAUUGCGCCUUUUGCAGCAAAAAAAUAUAUAUAUUAAUGUGAAAUGGUGUGACCUAUUUCAUUGGUGUUUAUAUAAUAAAAAAAUAAUGGAGCAUUACAUGGCCACUUGGAGAUACAAAAAUUUGAAAUUUUUGUGUGGAAAAAUAUUUCACUCAUUUGUUUUUCAACAUUCCAAGGGAGAUUUUGUAUUUCCAGGCUGCCAUGUAUUAUAAGGUUCUACAUGUAUAUAUUAUGUAUAUUGAUCUUUUCAUUCAUUUGUCAUGAUUGUUCACAUUGUACCUUAUUGUUGAUUGACAGGAUGUACUGCUGCACAUCUUGCUGGUGCCCACGGCAACUCAUACUGCUUACAGUCAAUACUGAGACAUGGUGUGGUAAGCUAGAAAUAGUGUAGACAUAAUGAAAUAUUUGACAAUAUUAUAAUAUAUCUUUAAAUACCAUAAAAUUCUGAAAUGUAUAAGCCCCUCCAAAUUUAAGCCCCCCAAAACUCGUAAGUAAAUGCAAGAUACCCCCCGUUAAAUAGCCCCUCAAAAUAUAAGCCCCCCCCCGUGCCCCCUCCAGGGGCUUUUACUUGACAAUUGCCCUCAAAUUCAAAGUAAAACAAAGAAAAAUGGUAAAUUUUCUUCCAAGAAUAAGACUAGCCCAAUCAAUUUUGAAAUGCAAAUUUCCCUCCAUAAACCCCUCCAAAAAUAAACCCCUCAAAAAGGGCCUUUGAAAAAUAUAAGCCCCGGGGCUUAUUUUCGGAAUUAAUUUUUACGGUAUGGUGGUUUAUAGCAUUACUAAUAAAUAAUGACUCAGUUUCAAAGACCAAAGUCUAUUUUUUAGGACAUAAAUGCUACUGAUAACAUGGGUUGGACCCCAGUGCACUGUGCAGCUUUCCAUGGAAGACUAGGCUGUCUCCAGGUCAGUGGUAGCUAUAUCAUACUGAGCACUUGACUGAGUGCUCAUGUUAAUGCCCUGAGCAUGUUGAGUUGAAUGGGCUUUGUUCUUAAACUUGGUACUUUAGCACUUUUGAAGUCAGGGUAAAUGAAUGGAUUGUUAAGAUCAGCACCCAGUAGUUCGAAAAGUAGAUAACACUUUCCACUGGAUGAAUGGACCUCUAUCUAAUGAAUACUGCAAUUUGUUUCCCUAAUACUUAUCCACUGGAUAGUGAUUUAUCUGGCCACAGUUGCUCAAAAGGUGGAGAGCACUAUCCACCAGAUAAAUCUCUAUCUACUUGAUAACACAAUAUUGGUUUCCCUAAUACUUAUCUGGUGGAUAGUGAUUUAUCUGGUGGAAAUUGCUAUCCAGCUUUUGAACUACUGGGGCCUGGUGAAUAGCUCUAUCCACUGUUUGAACAACUGGAGCCAGUGCAGUGUACAGUUUACCGUUAACCUUCCCCUGCAAAGCUUCCACUUUUUGACCUUCUUCUUUUUUAUCAUCUGCAGCUUCUUUCUAGAUGGGGUGCAAGUGUAGAUGAAGUGGAUCAUUCUGGAAGCACUCCAGGUUGUUAUCAUUAUCAUCUCCCUCAACAUUAUCCAUCACAUUGAAAAAAGAAGGGUAAAGGGUCCUCACAACGGUAGCUUGAAACGUAGUCAUUAUCUGACUAGUAGACCGGUGGCCGCCAUCAUCAUCAUCAUCAUCAUCACCACCACCACCACCACCACCACCACCAUCAUCAUCAUAAUCAUCAUCAUCAUAAUCAUCAUCAUCAUCAUCAUCAUCAUCAUCAUUAUCAUCAUCGCCACCACCACCACCACCACCACCACCACCAUCAUCAUCAUCAUCAUCAUCAUCAUCAUCACCACCACCACCACCACCACCACCACCAUUUUUUCUGGAUUGCAGUCACUGUGGUCCUUACACCAAUCUCUUUUAGAAUUCAAAGUUAGCUUUUAAAGAUACUAUUUGAGCUUCUGGCUAUGCAUUUAGCUCGUCCCACUGUAUUCCCUUCAUGCAAUAAUAUUCAUGGAAAUUUUCAAAUAAAAGAUAAAUGUAAAUAAAAGCUGCUUAACGAACUAACCAUAUGUGUACAACUGUCUUUUAUUCUCACAGCUCACCUGGCUGCUAGUGAAGGUCACCUUCCAUGUCUCAAGUUUAUCGUCUGUGUUGGAGCCAGUAUUGACCACACCCUUAAUGCACGCAAUGACCAGGUAAUUAUUUCUUAGUAUUUCACUCUCAGGCCCCGUCCACACUAAUGCGUAACUUUCGCUUGAAAACGCAUAGUAAUACGCUGAACGUUUUCAUCGAUAACGCACCUCAAAGUGGAUCAAAACGAAAAACGCAUACGGACACUAUCGUAUCAGUGUCAACUGUCGAAAACGCAUCAAAAUGAAAACUAUGAGCGAUAAUAUCGCAGGCGCGUGUGUGUGCUUGUAGCAUGCGCAUAGAGUUUAACUUACAUCACAACGUGCCAUUCUAUCGUUUACGAAUGUUGUGGUGUGGACAGUCAAAAAAUAAUCAAAACGGUAGUGUUGAAUCGAAUCGAUCGAUGCGUUUUCCAUAAAAACGAACACGCAUACUUUUGAAAACGCAUUAGUGUAGACAGAGGCUCAGAAUAAACUCAGCUGCUGAUUCGCCGAUAUAUAUGUGUCAACUUAACUCUCUUCCUCCUUUUGGGAAACUCCCUAACUUCUUUCAUAGACUGCAAAACAGUCGGGUUUUUUUUCUCAAAAUCAGUAAAGAAAUCAGUAAAGCGUGGCGUCGCUCUCUAUUUUCAGCCUCUUUCCAGACCUUCUGUUUGACAGCUCGCGCGUAUUUAACACUCAAAAAUUCGGACUGUUUUGCAGUCUAACUUCUUUCAUUGGUUCUUGACUUAAUUGUUAGACUAGUUUCACUAGCGACGUGUGGGUCCUUACAAUAACAAAGAGAGGAAAAGAAACGUAGAAGUCUAUUACAGUUGUAGUUUCCUAAGACCUAGUGAGAACAAAUUUCUUGAAUUUCUAUUGACGAGAAGAUAUCGUCUAAUGUUUUGAAUGGAAACCAUCCUCAAUGCCGCCCUCCAAUAAGCUACAUCAUUUGCCUAAACAUUACACUUUGUCCUGUAUGAAGAUUACCAUCAUGGAAACUUAAAAUCGCAAACAUGGAAGAUAGAGACGGAAAUUUGAGGCGAUCUUUUUCAGGCCUCCUUUCUACCAUGCCAUAGGCGCUUCGCGACGAAUGAUAAUAAUUUUCCGAGGAAUUUACCCGGACCAAAUCGUUGGUUUACGGUCACUUCGCUCCAUGGUCAGAUUGUUGCAUUUUAUAGUCAGAUCCUUCCACAGUUUCAGUUUAAAACUCAAUGUGAUACGCGCUUUUUUGGCUUCUUGGCUUAAAGAACGAGGUGUACACACGAGUAACGCCCUUGAUUCUGCUCGUGGCUCAAAGACUCGUGAAAAGUUCUUACUACAUUGCGGAACGAUCUGACUAAUAAGCUUAAACUUUUUUUUUUUUUGCAUUUCAUUCCCUCUUAACAAGGGAGAUACACCAAAAAACCUCUGUCAACAAUUCUACAAGAAAGACUGCAUCGAUUACUUGAAUGCUGUAGGUAAGAAAAUAACACUUCCAUACGUUUCCGUUUUGCGCUUUGCUUCAAAAACAUGUUUGUGUUUUGGUUUUGUAUGUUUGUUUGUUAGUUGGGCUUCUUUUCUUGAUUGUUCUCACUUUCUUCCUUAACCCAGGCUGGGUUCGAAGCCAAACUUCUGGGAAUUACAGGGUUCGCACGCACCUUGAAUGUCCUUAAAUUUUAAAUAAAAAUUCAUGGCCUUGAGAGUCCUUGAAAAUUGUAAUCGGUGCUGGAAAGUUCUUGAAUUUCAAUGCUAACGUAACAGGUUAAGUAGAACUCCAAAGAAAAAGGAGUAAACACCGAAAGACCUUCGGGAUAAAAUUACUCAUGUUGUAGAAAAAUAAGAGAGACAUAGACUCAAGGUUCUUUUUUGCACUGAAUAGAAUCCUUGAAAAGUGGGGAAAGUGUCCUUGAAAGUCCUUGAAAAGUUCUUGAAUUGUUUGUUCAAAAAGGCGUGCGAACCGUGGAAUUACUUUACUGAUGGGUUGGCAAUCCUUGUAGAAAGAGUUGUGACAGUUGCAGUAGUGUGUUCGGAAGCUCCGACCGCAUGGCCUUUCUUGUACACGUCUUCUUUUGAACUCGAGUGUGCGCCAGUGUCUUUAUUAAUUUUAUAUUAAUUUGUUUAAUUACCUUUCAGAGUACGAUCUCCUUCACCCUGAGGAUGAAGAAAGUUAGUGAAUUUCGUUUUCGUUGACUUUUCCUGUUUACAGCAAUUGCAGGAGUGCGCUUUUUACUAAAGGGUUGCAUAAACGUAUUUUGGUGUGCUGAUGUCGAGUACAGGGAUGCAUCUUAACUAAACCUUAGUCUAAUGAAGAACCUCUUCACUUAUCUGGAUCUCUCGUUUUGCAAAACUUGGGUAACAGAAAUUGGCUAAUUAAUUUUAAUGUAAUCCAUUUUCGCUGCAUACAGACACUAUAAUAUUAAAUAACACAGACACAGGAUAGCAGCGGGGAAGGACUAGAAGGGAAUAGAAGAAUCACAAGGGCCAGUCCAUUCUUUUGCUUGUUUGUGAACAAUUCCUUCUUCUUUUCUCUAGACCUCGCCUUCCCGGCGCAUGUCGCUGCUUACAAUGGUGAUUUAGCUCAGCUUAAAAUGUUGAUAGAGACGGGUGUUGUAUCCGUUAAUGAGAGGGACGACAAAGGAUCAACCCCAGCACACAAAGGUACGGCCUGGUUCCUGUUUAUUUUUGCCUUAUUGGCCAAUGCAGGCUAGAGCAGGAGACUGAGUCGGUGUUGUUUCGAAUUGCAUCAUGGGAUUGCAUGGGGACGUCAUCACUUUUUAUACCGGAUAUUACGAGGUUACGCAGGAAUCUGGGUCAAAAUUUACUCCAAAAUAGUCCCAUAGCAAGGCGUAAACAAAGGUGCUGUCGACGUUGCCGUGCCUUUGCCAACGGAUUUUGAAUACACGCGGAAAAUUUGAAUCGCGGGCUCGGAUCAACGAAAUGUCUGCUCCGAAAUCGCCCGGUGACAGUGCAAUAAAUACUUGUUAAUAUGUAUAUCUGUCUAAAUGUAUGAAAAGGUACCUACAGAAAUUUCAAGUGCGUUUCAACAAUUUGACCCUUGAGGUGAAUAAAAUGAUGUAAGCAGCGUUAAAAACACAUGUAUUUUUGUACUGAAAACAUAAGGAAAAAAAUAGUCAAUACUGAAUUGCCUGCGAACUGCAGACGUAUUUCCAGUCGUCGCUUCUCUUCCGCCGAAAAAUACUAGAAACUAGAGCCGAAAACACCGGAUGCUCUCUCAGGCUAGUACUGAACAAGCCUCAAAUGAGACUGUUGUAUAAAGUCCUGGGGAUACCUUUUUGAAAAUCCUGACAGAUAUAUUUUUAAAUGAUUGUUAUUACUAAGUAAUAACCCGUAAACAGUGUAAAAAAUAAAGUUGAAGUUGGACGUUGUUUUUCUCUUUCUAUUUGAACUGAGCCGACUGUUUAUGCAUCCCCGUAUCGUUUUUGUCAACAGCGGCUGGCAAUGGUCACGUUCAAGUGCUUCAGUGGCUUGUUGAGAAUGGAGCAAACCGUGAGUAGUGACUUUAUGUUAUCAUUGUAGAAUUAAUUACUGAUUCAAACUGAAAAUGUAUUUGUAUGUGUAAUCAAAUGGUGACGAGUGAAAAGGCGAGGGUAAUUAUUAGGAUUUGGACAAAACGCAAGUGAAAUUAUUCCAUUAUUUCACGAGUAUACCAUUUGAUUACCUAUUAAUAUCAUGGGUGACGAAUUACGUUAGAAAUCUUGGAUUUUUGACAUGUUUAUCCUGGAUCGUGUCGAUCGAGAACUCCACUCUCUCAAAUGUUUAAACCUUAAAUUUGGCUUAUAAAGUUCAGAAUUUUUCAAAAUCUUUCAGAAAAAUACCUGUUAGAAUCCUUCUUGAUGUUCUCUUGUGUCUUCAGGUUUUCUAAAGCGUCUUUUUGUGCCCUGACAUCUUCAUUCGCGGCAUUUUAAAACUUCGUCGCCACCUUGACACUGAGACGUACGGAAGGGUUGCCAUGGCAAUUUUGUAAUUUCACAUGUGAAAUUACAAAUUAACGCUGAAAUUUCGCGCCAGAAUUAAGGAGUAAUUCGUUACCUAUGAUAUUAGAUGGACUAUUAGAUGUAAAACUCACCUAAGGCCUAAAAAAGUUAUUACCUUUACUUAUGUUAUUGUCGUUGUUCGUCUAUAUUUGAUUAUUCUUUUCUUCGUAUCGUUCCAAUCAGUCUGAAGAAAGAAAAAAUAAAUCCAAGAGGGUCUGAAUGGGGUGGUAGCUUUGACGGUUGACGGUUAUUAAGUAGAAAUUUAGUCCAAGAAUUAAAGUAAAUAAUAAGUUAUGUAUAAAUCAAUAGUAACCUUUUGGUCUUGGAGUUUUUCUUGGCCUUUCGCUUUUAACGUUUCGAAAUAUAUUCAGAUACAAGCAAGUUGUAAAGUCUUGUAAUGUCUAGAGAGCAACCAACAUUUGCAAAUUCCAAUUCGACCAGGAAUCAGGCAGAUGAAGAACCACUUUGUGGGUGUGCUACCUCCAAAUCAUUAUUGAAAUAGCGUGAAGUGUUUGAUUUUUUCGGGAUUUUGAUCAAUCCGUCUAUCUUGAGGUGUUUGACCCUGUGGUCGUUUAAUAAAGGUUUCUGUUUUUAUUGUGCAAGAUUCACUUCCUUAGCUUUUUUUUCUUGGCAUCUUUAAAUCGACAAAAAAAAAAAGAAAAAAAAAAUGUGUCCAGCUUAAUACCGACACCAGGAUAAUGACAACACUACGGCAUGUCCCCUUGGUAUCCGUAUUAACCGGGUUCCACUGUAAGAUGCGGUAUCUUUUGUCAGCCUAUUGAUGUUUUGAAUCUCUUUUUCAACGUAAAGUGAGAAUUGUGAAUUCUGCCGGAGAAACACCCAAAGAUGUGGCCAGAAGAUUUGGACGGCUGGGUUGUAUUGCUAUUCUGGGAGGCGACUCAGGUACUGUCGUGUGAUUGCGUUGUGUUAUACUCGGUCCAAACCUAGAACUCAAGUUUGUGUGUGAGAUUUUAGAUGAUUUAUUUUCCUGUAGGUUUGUUUAUUGGUUCAUUUAUUUAUUACCUAUUUUAUUUUUCUAGAUGAUGAAGAAAACCUAGUAGACGAAGGAGCUGAGGACUUCAAACCAUCUGAACCACAGUCUAAAGCUGAAGCCAGAGGUGUCUAUAAUCAUUUCGUUUAAGAGAUUAUUGAACAGAGAAGUAUUAGGCGACGUUGACACUAUACCACACAAUCGUAGUCAACAGUUACCGGCACCCUACAAACGACUUAUUGACGAACUCAAGCAAAACUAACUACGAGAGACUGACUGGACAUCCGAAAAUUUGACCAACAAUAAACGACUGUUAAACUCUGACAGUAGACGGAUCAGAACGCACCAAUGACAUUUCGAGUCUUCAUAGCCAAUAACAUCACGUAUUAACUGACAGACGACCAAUAACAUCGCGACUUAAUUGAACAAUCAGGUCAAUACCAAGGUUUUAUCAUCAACUGACGUGAUACAACUCACUUUGACUCUGAAGAUGACCAACGCAGAGGUUGUCGAAACGUCAGUCACUGUCAACCUACGUACGAAAUGACUCCUGGGUAUAAACCUUUCACUCUUAACAUCUCAUCCGCGUUUCUCCCGGUGCACUUAGAGGAUUCGCUUGAAGUGCACGUCCGCGCACGUGCGUGUUAAAUGUAAACGUAACUGACGAAGAUGGAGCGCCUAAAAAACCCGCCUUACCGACCUUUUCCGCAAUAGGACAAUAGUAAAACAAAAUCGAGGAUCGAUUUAGCAAUUUCUGAUACAAAUUACUGUAUUUUGUCACCCAUGGCUCGAGUUGGUGCCUUUGUUCAUUGGAAUACGGGAACUGUCUGAUAAUAAACAAAUGUCGUAUAAAUAAGAAAUAUGACAACUUUCACUGGUGGAUAUAACUUUAAACAGCAGGAACGCUCUUUUAUCGUUUGUGAUUGCCGUUACGAUUGAAUUUAAAGAUGCUUGAUACAGAAAGGCUUAACCAUUUUAUAGCCAUGCGAUGCUUUAGAAACGUGACUCACAAGGUGUCUCAUUGGGCGAUUGCAAAUAUCUUUUGUCUUUUGCGUGUGAUCGUGCAGGUGGUUCUACACCUGGUCCUUCUCUAUCGCUAACAAAUACAAAAGCCUCACGCAUUCUCCAGCUACCGUUGUGUUACAGCUUAAGUAUGAAGAUGAACGGUACUCUAAAGUAGCACGAUUGGAUAUGUUAUAGUUUGGCUUUGUUUUCUUUUUUCGCAUUUCUUUCAUAAGUUCUUUAUUUUCCCAUUCGAAAGGGUCUAUCCAGACUUCAAUGUUUUUUCCUUUCGUUUUCUUUUUGGCUGUGGAAAUCAUCGUCCCUCAUUACUUUUUGAUAAAACUAUCUUCCCGUGAAAUCAAUUUCCAUUUUCUGCCUCUUUCAGCGGGAAUUGAUUGAAAUGUCGCUGUUCCUGAAACAUCAUGUAAAGUUACUGAACAACUUCCACUAGCGCUGCUUUAUCACUCUCCUCCUUAGUCUCUUCGUUAUCUUCUCCUCUCCUCUUAUCUUCUUCGUUAUCUCCUCGGUUUGUCUGCGAGGUGGUCCUACUGCGUGACGUCCCUGUGAUGUGACUCAUUCUUUCUGUCCUAUAUCUUCUUUCUCCUUUAGCUUUUCCUUUUCUUCUCCGACACGCACACGAUCCUCCUUCUUUGCCUCUAAUCUCCUCCUUGGAUAUUCUUCAGGAGAUGAAGGAGAAACAACUCGAAGAUGCUCAAGGUAUGAGACAUAUGCGUUAGGAUUGAAGUUUCUUUUAUGUCCCACUCUGUACUCUCAAAUAACUUGCUGUGUCCUUCUCCUAUUAUCUUAUUAGGAUUAUUUAUAUAUGACACAUCAAGGCUUAUACUAUGGAAUUCAAGUUUCACUGAUUUGUGUGAUUUGUGUCCCAGUCUAUGCUCUUGGAUGACCUGCUAUUCCUCCUUCUCCUAUUAUUAAGAUUUCUUAAGCUCUGUUUCCAGGUUUUUUUCUUUGCUAUACGAUAGAUAUUAUUAUUAUUAUUAUUAUUAUUAUUAUUAUUAUUAUUAUUGAAAUCACGCUACACUUUUCUGCACUGUUCCUGUAAAUGUUUACAAGCAAGUAGUGACUUCUAUCGUAACCGUUAUCUAAAACAGCGAGCGGACAAUACAAAGGGAAUCCUAAGUUCUAAUUGGCUACCUGAGCGGGUAAGAUGGACCUUGACCGAAAUCCAGCCAUCCUGACCUCACCCGCGAUCGCGUUUUGCGGAAUAUUUGAGUUGAAUAUUAAUGAAAGCGGGUGCGAAAGGAGUGAUGGGAAGCGCUCUGCGCUCGUUCCCGUCAUCAUCCUCCUCUCUCGCUUUUCGCUUGUCUCCAGGUCUCGCGCUUCUCCCUUGUUCCGUGCUCCCCACUCAGCCUGUGGAGAAGGUAAUUACCUCACUCUUGGGUAUCGCCAACAUCGUUGUUGUUAAGUGCUAUCCCAUGGUCACUGGCAAUUGCUGUUGGUCUUUUAUAUAUUUCUUGGCUCCCGUUUGUUGUUAGUAAUUGUGGUUAUCCAUUCUAUUACCUUGAGGUCGCGCAAAGCGCAAGAUUGACGAGCUUCUUCAUUUACUGGAUGUUGCUAAAAUGAACUACAGACAGCUGGGGGGUGUGUUAGACGAGGAUCAGAAAAGACAGGAAGAAGAAAGAGAAAGCGCAAGGUAAACAAGACUUAAGACAAACGUCAAACUUUUUAGGAGACGAACCAAACUCUAAUUUGGGUCGACCUAUAUUAAGUUAAGAUCGUCUGUUGAGUCACACGUCGAGCCAAUCAACUGAAUCAGAUCAGUUAUAAAUUUUCUCCCGAAGAAAGCUAGACAUACAUUAUCGAACAAAUUUUUAAUGUACUCGUUUAGUUCGUCGCAUGUAAAGAUCGACGUUUGUCUCGGGGACGAUCUUCAGACGUUCUAUCCGUCUGGACGAUCUAAACUCAUUGAGACGAACUUAACUGAGCCAGACGUCGAACUUGUCGCGAACUUACCUCACUACGUUUGGUUCGUCUCGUGAAAAGUUCGACGUUUGGCCAAGGCCCAAGUGAUCUAUUUCUUUAACCGUUCACGGUAAUGACUUAACCCAUUCGCUCCUGGAGAUUUUGCCGAAAAACGCGUUUUGAAGCUAGUCGAGUGGUUUUCUGGUCACUGUCGUGCUAUAAAGAGCUAGAACUUACCACAAACCGGUUUACAGGUCGUACACUUGGCGGCCUUCUGAUCCAGAUGCCAAAUAUCAGCUUGCGAAGUUCGGGCAUGCGCAGAAAGCAGUCUUGACUUUUACUUUUCGCUUUCUCUCCUCCCUUCUUUUUUCGCUUUUCUUGCCUCAUUUUUUUUUUCUCUUGCUGGGCAUUAAGUAGGCUUCAUUUUGGUGGGAAGAGUUUUUAGGAAAGCUUUUAGGAUCUUAGGAUUAGGUGAAAGGAAAGGUAGGUGGGUAAUGGAAAAAGAUUUUCAUGGAGAUUUUCAGGUCAUUGUCACGUGGUUUUUUGCUUCUUUCUCGGGUGUCCUUGACUGAAUUGUGCUCAUUCUGGUAUGGUUUGAAAGAUCUCUUCACUCUGCACAAGUUAGCGAAGAAAGUUGUCCUUGACCGUUAAAACUGAUGACGUCACAAAGGGUAGAAAGGACCUGGAUCCGCACGGGCGGUUACGGGCGGUUCAGGGGCGAAUGGGUUAAGACAGUUACGAAACGUUAUGAACUUUCAUUAAUUUUGUAGAUGAUUGUGUUUUCCGUUCCCAUUUUCCAAUUUUAAGUCCCAGAUCCCAUUUUUAUUCAAAUUGCAUUUCCAUUUUACCCAUCAGGUACCUAAUGUAAUUAAGAAAUAAAUCGAUAAAUAAAUAAAUAAAAUCGGGGGAUAGGGUGGGAGGGAGAACAGUAACCACGCAGUUUCGGAUAUAAAAUUAUCGAUAAAUAAAUAUUGUAUUACCGCGUGGAGAUACGAUUGUUAAAAAAUAUUUACGAGUUCCCACAACACAAGAUAUCAAUACCAACGAAAUACCAAACCAUUUCAAUGUAAUUUUUUUGUUUUCUGCGAAAGGCGCGAUUUAUUAUGUAGCCAUAGCAGUUUUUCACGUGUGAAGUGAUCAUUUUUUCACGCGAAAGCUCACCUGGUAUUUCAUUGGUGUUUACAUGAUAAACAGUUUUUCAUCAUCAAAAUGUUAUCUCCGUUUCUUUAUCUCUUCGAGACCUUUGUCUCUUGAUAAGAGUGAUUUUUUUGGUAAAACAAUCCUGCUUUGUAUACUGAAUUUUAGGGUUAUCCGUGAGUUAGAAGCACAACUUGAAUAUGAACGAGAAAAACGAGAGAAGUUGGAGGCCCAGAUGGACAAACUCCGAGCUCAGAUUCACACACUAACACUACAGCUGGAAGAUGAGCGCAGUGGACGAUUGACGGCGGUACGUUUUUCACUAAAGAACUACUCAUGGAAUAACUCAAUAUUAAUAAUAAUAAUAAUAAUAAUAAUAAUAAUAACAGAGAGAGAUUUGGAGUCGCGGUUACAGCAAAAGGCAAACGGCAGAUUCAAGUUGAGAAUUUGUCAAUACAGAAAAUAAACUGAUAAGAACUGUCCAAAACAAUUUUGUUAGGUGAAAAUAAUGUGAACGUAAUCUUUUUUUUUUGUAGAAGUAAAGAACAGUUAAAGACAACCAAAGAGAAAAAUUGUUCACGUGGUACAAAUUCACGUUUGCCGUUUGCGGUAAACGUGAUUCUAAAUCUCUCUAUUAAUAAUCUUUAAUUCUGUCGCCAGUCCCCAGACAGUUGUUCAAGGCGAGGCAGAGAGAAGUGGCUAAUCUGCCCAUAUCCUCAACUCGUAUAGUCUGUCUGCUUCCUCCGUCUCCUGGUCUCUGGUUAUUAAUCAUUUUGAGGUUGCUACACUUGAAACUGCGUUGGUAUUGUGUCAAACUGGGAAGGGGAACUGUUUUGGGAAACCAACUUUGGCCCAAUUUCCCGCGCCACCUCGUAAUGGCUAAUUAAAAAGCGGUAAUGUCCCAAAACAGUCCAGGGUGGCCCAUAGCUCGGUGCAUAAUUUACCACAUGCUUUGAUACUGUUUUGCAGAAGGAGCGUUUUUCAGAAUUUGCGUGGGAAAUCCACUAUAGUGUCAAAACGUUUAAAUAUAAGCAUAAAUAUCAAAAUAAAACUUGACUUGCCUCAACUUCGGUUCGCUGUUGCCUUUUCUGUGACACCCGGGCUCAAUUCGUGGCCAUUUUGUGCGACUCUCUCUUCGUUGUUUGAACUUACUAUGCCCAACUUCGACUUAUUAGUAUCCCUCGCAUCCCAAAACAACGCGCAGAUUCGCCAUAAAAACACCAUAAACACCAAUUCCAUAAGACCAGAUAAGUUCUCGAUCUCUUCCACACGCCACUUUUUUGGAUGGAGAAAGUUCUGAAAACUUCGUUUCUUGGCAGUCUGUCGUCCGGUGCGCUCGGUGUCUUGCACAGCUGCACGUGGUGUGGUGAACGCGAGCACAUUGCAUAUUGUCAUGUUAUUGGCAAAUUCUUAAGACCAAUCACGCGCAAACAACAGUACUACGACUUUAACUUUCUUCAUUAUGUUUGUGUAAUUUGUUUCUCCACAAAAUUUUGCAUAGCUUUUGUUUUCGUUUCGUUAAAAGUGACGAUUAUUAGUCUCAAGAGUAAUCGAAAACAACACUUGUCUAUAGUUUUGCGGGG